AUGGAGAGGACAACAAAGCCUUCAUACCUCGGGUGCGACAACAAGAAGACCAAUAAAGCUGCCCUCAAGUGUUUGCGAGAAGCAGAUAUCAAUAGUAUCAGAAACAUUAGCACUCAAAUCUUCUAUGAUUACAACGAUAUCUUGACUUGGCCCUUCCAGCCCGUACAGGGAGGGCCCUUGUUUGAGAAACCCGGCUCUCAGUCUGGGUACGAUGGAACAUUCUUUCAUGUUCCUACUAUCACUUCAAACGUCAACGAUGAGGGCAAAUUCUAUACACCUGGCGAUCUCGAGACGGACGACGAUUUCUUGGACUAUCUCCACAACAUCUCACCUGCUCUGACACAAAAGGAUUUGUCCGAGCUGAGCAAUUUGUAUCCUGACCCAGCAAAAUACGACGACUCACCUUUUGCAAACUCGCCAAACAGUACUCAGUACAAUCGUAUCUCAGCCGCUUGGAGCGACUACGCUUACAUCUGCCCUGGCCAGGAGACUGCAUAUCGAGCCUCCACUGCAGGCGUGCCUACAUGGAAAGUCCGCUUCUUUUGUGUGUAA